AAUAAUAAAUAAUAAUGAAUUAAUAAUAAAUUCAUCAAUUUCUAUGGAUAUUCUAGCUGCAUUGUCGAUGUUGAAUCAUCUCAGCAACACUGAUUUGGGAGAAAUAUUGAACGAUGAUGGAAGAUUCGAGGAAGUUGUCAAUGACAUAAAACAGUUUAAAGAAUUGGAAUCUGAAAAGGAAGUUCUGAUCGCUGGAAAUCGUUCUCUGGCCGAAGUCAAUCUAGCAAAGCAAUCCCAACUCGAGGAGAAUAAAAAAGCAUUAUAUGAACUGUCUGAGAAAGGCUGUAAGCUGCUGCUGAAAUUGAAAAAGAAUCGGAACUAAUUAUUAACGCAAUUA